AUGACAGGUGAGGAUGCCAUCAGCACCCUGGGCCUGAUCCUGGGCGUGGGGCUCUCGCUGCUGCUCAUGUCCAUCCUGGGCUACAGCCUGGCCAAGUGGUACCAGCGCGGGUACUGCUGGGAGGGACCUAGCUUCGUCUUCAACUUGUACCAGAUCCGGCACCUGAAGGAGCUGGAGAUGGGCCCCCCCUUCACCAUCAGCGGCCGCCUCCGCGGCCCGGACGACGGCCGCCUGCACUUCUCCAGCCGGCUCGUCUGA